AUGAGCUCACCACUUUCAAUGUUGAGAAAAACCCGACGUGUUCCUCUUCCUGGGCCCAUGAACCAGCAAGGGAGAAGAGUGCCUUUCAAGGAGAAUCCAUUUGCAGGUGCACCCCCUAGUGAUUUUGAGCUGAUGUCCUCUAUGAUGCAGAGGCUGACCCUGCUGGAGACCAAGGUGAAGACCCAAGCCCUGGACAUUGACCACAAGGAGAAAAUAAUUACAGCUCUGGAGGAGAAAAUGAAGCUUCUUCAGAAGUCAACAGAGAAAAACAGUGAUAGGUGCAGAGAGGAUGAUCUCAUAAAAACAUGCCACAGGCUUCAGGGCCAGUUAUCGGAGAUGGAGCGGUUUCUGAACGACUACGGCAUGAUCUGGGUGGGGAGCGGAGAGGAGCGCGACACAGCCAGUCAACAGGAAGUAGAGGAAGCUGAGCAGACCCAGAGCUCCGAGAGAGGGGUGAACUUCCAGAUAAACUUUGACCUGGUGCUCCAGAACAUCCAGCAGUUGAACAUCCUGGCUGGGGAGGGAGAGUCCUACGUCAGGGUCACGUCCAGAGGGGCACAGCUGGCCCAGCAGCACCUCAUUCCACUACGGCUCUACAGCAAUGGCAUCUUCAUGUUCAAUGGGCCCUUCCGCUCUUACCAGGAAGCCAGCACACAGCAGUGCAUGCAAGACCUGAUGGAUGGAUACUUCCCUUCUGAGCUACAGGACAGGUUUGCAGACGGGGUGCCCUUUCAGGUUCACGACAGGCGAGAGGAGGAGUUCCAAGAGAGGCGACCGUGGGCGGAGUUCCCUGGGAAGGGGCAGGCUGUGGUUGGAUGCACAAAGGGGGAGAAAUCAACAGACAGCUUAGAACACGCCUACUGUACCGUCUCCCAGAUACCCGGCAGAAAACUGACAAUGGACCAAUUCCUGAACAGGCUGCCCAAGGUGGUGGUGAAGGCUGGUAGAGUGAUUGACAUCAGGGACUCCGUGAAAGCCAGUCUGCAGGGCUCUUCUGAUGCUUCAAACAGCCAUGCUGUGACCCUCAUAGACACACCAGAGCUACAGGCCAUGAAAGAGAGGUUGGAGUUGCACGAGACUGAUCCCCCUAACUCGGCCCGUGAUGUCACCACACUGAGGGUGAAGUCAGAGGAUGGCGAGCACACCUACAUCAUGAAAAUGCGUUUCUCAGAGACCAUAGGUCAUCUGCGCCAGUAUCUGGACAAGCACAGAUGGACAGAUGCCACAGCAUAUGACAUCAUCAGUGCGUUCCCACAGCGCUGUUACAAUGAGGACUCUCAGACACUCCUCUCCUGUGGGCUCACUCCCAAUGCUGCUCUGCUGCUUAGGACUAGGCCAGGCCCUCAAUGA